GGGCCGUCGGGCUAGAGGAGCUGUUCCAUCAGUCCACUAUCCUGCCGGCCCGCCAGGCAGGUUGCCGGCCACUGGCGCUCGGGCGGAUUUGCCGGACUUCGCCUCCCUUCGUUCUGCAUUGUACCAUGACGAGCCUUGAGUCUCGGCGGCCGCCGGGCCUCGAUGGACUGGCGGGGUCCGGCUCCCGCUCAGUGCUGCCGGCAUGGAAACGGGAGAUACUGGAGAGGAAGCGAGCCAAGCUGGCGAGCCUGGCGGCUGGGCCCCGGAGUUUGGCUGGGGGGGACGACGGUGGGGCUGGAGUCGAGGCUGCAGCUGGAACUGUGGCCGGGGCUGGGGGCGAGUGCCCGGGGGAGCCAGCCCCGGCGGCGGAACGACUAGUGCUGGCCGAUAGCUUGGGCCCCCUGCGGGAGAACCCUUUCAUGCGGCUGGAGACUGAGCGCAAGCGGCUGCGGAGGGGGCGCGGCGCGGCACCCGGGGCCCGGUCCUCGACGGGACGACCCGUGCAGCAGCUGCUGGAGCUCUAUAGUCGCGUUCCGGGUAUCCGCACUAUUCGCGCCGACAACAUUCUCAUAAUCGAGUCCGAGCCCGGAUUCUUGCCCGGCCAACGACCCUACGAGGUGAGCUCCCCCGGUCCGCGCCCGGGCCCGGACCCAUUGCAGCAGCUGCUGGCCCGGCGUGGCUGCUCAGUGGCGGAGAUCCGGGCCACGGAGGUAGUCAUCUACGAGACUCCCCGGACAGCCGUAGAGGCGGCCGCGCAGCCAGGCAGGGUCAGCCGUCUGUUGGAGAAGUUUGAUUCCCCGCUAGCUCUUGGCGAACCCCGGCCUCGGGCCCCGUCCCCACCUCGGCGUCGCGGGAGCCCUGAGCGGAGCCGGCCUCUGGUGCCAAAGCCUUCUGCAGUCGAGCAGCGGAGCUCGGCGACCUCCCCCUCCCUGCCCAGCUCUGGACCACGUACUCCCAGCGUCGGAGAGAGAGCUGCCUGGUUUCAGGCAUCGGCAGCUGCUCCAUCUCGGCUCAGUGACUUCCUCCAGAAGACGGGCAGCAACUCUUUCACUGUCCACCCCCGGGGUCUGGCCAGAGGAGGCCGAACAGUAGUACCAAAUGGACCUGUCAUAGAGGCCACCCCGGAGCCCCGGCUGGGUCCUGCCAAUGGCCUCCCUACUGUGGGUGGGCCUGUGCCAUCCUCUUCCAGUACUUCCAAAAGCAUCAACAUUCGGAAGCCAAAUGCUGAGGAGGAGGCACCUAUCCUCCACCUUUCCCCUGGCCCUUGCCCGAUGGGCAGUGCCAAUGGGGGACCCAGUGCCACUCCAGCUGCCUCUUCCACAUUCCCCAAACACAGCCUGGCCAGUGCCACUCCCAAUCAGCGAAGGUGGGUUUCUGCAGCCACCAGCUCUAAUGACUCUUUUGAGAUCAAACCUGCCCCCAAGCCAGAUAUAGAGACCAUCCCUGAUGAGGAUGUCCAGGCUAAGGCCUUGGCUAACCUCCGGAUGAACUCCAAAAACUCCUUUAUUUUCAUCCCUAAGCCUAGGGUGGAAAUGCUGGACUCUGGGACUGGCCAUCCAGUGGGGAGCAAAGCCUUUGAGCAGCCAAAGGGAAAGGUCAGUGUUUCUUCUCAGUCUGGCCAUUUAACCCAUAUACCUCUGGAAAACGGGAGCCAGCACCCACCAGAAGUUGUACCUCCCUAUGGAAAUUACUUGGGUGUUGAGGCCCUGCAGGCAGCAGAGGAAGGGGAUCUUCAGAAACAAACAGCUACCGUUCUCUCAGAGGUGAACCACAAGUGGCAGAGAGAAGUAGUAACAUCCUCCUCUGUAGAGAGACCUUCCAAACAAGAGCCUUGCAGGGGCUUUGAGAUUUCUGACACAUCCCUCAGUUCCUCUAUCACCCAGAUUCCUGAAGAACCCAGUAGACCAGGGCUUCCUGUUACUUUUAUUGAUGAGGUAGAUUCAGAUGAUGAAUCCUACCAAGAGGCCAAACCAGCUUUCAGAUUCUCUGAUGCUCCUCAUUAUCGACCUCAUCCCUCUCUGCCCAAUAGCAAAUCUGAAGUUCACUACUUGAGCAACAAUACAUUCACAGUCGUGCCUAAUAGAAAACCAGCUGCCCCUGAGGCAAGAUUCAGCCCUCCAAAUGGGGAACUGUAUACUGAGGAAGAGGAGGAGGAAGACCAAUGGAAAGGAAAAACUCUUGAAGAUCCUGAAGCAUCCCGUGAGAAUGUGGGGUUGUUACUCAAGAAACGUUACCCCACUGUUGAUGAAAUUGAAGUGAUUGGGGGCUAUUUGUCCCUGAAGAAAUCCUGUUUAACCAAGAUGGGGUCCUCAAGAAAAAAGAUGAAGAUUUCCUUCAACGAGAAAAGCCUGCACACUACAUUUGAAUACCCCUCUGAGAGCUCAUUGGUACAGGAAGAAGAGGCGGAGGAGGAGGAAGAAGAGGGGGCAUCUGGCUCCGAGGGGGAUGAGGAGGAGAAACCCUUUGCUGUCUUCCUUCCCCGAGCAACUUUUGUUAACAGCACUGUGAUGGAGAGUGCCACUCGACCUCCAGAAUCUAGUUCAGGUCUAUCCAGUUAUACUCCAAAGCAUUCAGUGGAAUUCAGCAAAUGGCAGGAGCAGAAGUAUGAUGCAGGCCCAUUGGAAUCUGGGGCUAGCCCUCAGAAAGAAGUCAUGCUUACUCCAGCCAGCAAGAAUGACCUCUCAGACUUCCGAAGUGAGCCUGCCCUCUAUUUCUGAUCUCCUAGCACUUUGGAGUGAGAAAUGAGACAGAAUAGCAUUCCACCUUAUAGAUGGACCUAACCUUGGCUGAGUUGGGCUGGAAAUUUUCCAGAUAUUAUCCUGCCAUUUCCCCUCUCCCCCAGGACCAUGGUGCUUGGGAUGCUUGGUAAAGUCAUAGGCAGCCAGUGCCACAAUUCUCCAGUGCUGUGGUUGAGGAACUCAGCUGCCAGGGACAUAAUUCUGGCUGCUACUGGUUUCUCUGGCCCAUAUCCCCUCUCUCCAUCUGGCUUGGUUUUGCCCAAUGACGAAGUACUCAGGUUCUGUGCCUACAGCAUUUCCAGAUCUAUAUGACUUUACUCCUCUACAGGGCCUCAGCCCUAAAAAGUUCCAUUGCCACCUUAUCUUUAGGGAAUGCUGGGGCUUGGCCAUUGCUUUUUGUUCUACUACUGAGGCCGAACAGGGCAGCCUCUCCCUGUUGGCUCAAAAGGGGCUCACAAUCUACUACUUCUUUUCCUGUCCCAAGCUUCCUCCUGUCCUCUGAGUAUAAUUUAAGCCUGGGAGUGGAGCAGCUUUUUCUUUUCUUGGUAGCAUUGAUCUUGGCAGAAUUAGGGGUAUUGCUGUCCUGCCCUUCUUCUGCCCACUCCCAGUGUUCGCACCCUCCUUCCCUCCCCCACCCACUCCUUCCUUGUCUAGUCUGCCUCUGUUCUGCUGAGGAGGAACAAUCUUCUGGGAGGGUAAAGGUAGAUACAAGGAAAGGUACCUAACAGGGCCUUUUUCUUUUGCCCUUUUAAGGCAAGCAGGGGCCUUUUGGCCGAAGACUAGGCCCAGAGCCAGCUUAGCUCCAUUUGUAACUGCCUUGUGACUCUGGUUUAAUUACCCAUCUCCUGUGUGUUGUAGUAGCACAGCCCUCAUCCUGCUCUGAAUUUACUACUGAGUCUAGCAAUGCCUAGCUGGCUUAAAAGCACUCCUUGUCUGCACUGGAUGUCAGUAUUUUAUGUAAGGGGGUAGAGUGGAUGUGCACAUGUAAAAAGAGAGUGAAUUUAACCAGGCCUGGCCUAGCCAGAAAGCAGGGAUUCAGUCUCUGCCCCCUGCCCUGCCCUCUUUGCCUUGUCCCCUCUGGGGUUCUAGGGGCCUAUGAUUCCACAGGUGGGUCUUUCCUCUCCUUUCAGCCAGUCUUUGUACACAUGGUUGAAAUUAGCACAGUUCACUUUGUAAUUAACCAGAAUAAUUACUUUCUUGUCUGAUAAAUGGGACUCAAUAAACGGCACUAGAGAAA